UACACAGUGGAAGAAGAUGGGACACUUGCAAUCAAUGGUGUUAUUAGAGACAGAGAUGAAGGCGUCUAUACUUGCAUAGCUGACACUCCUAAUGUGGGUCAAGACCAAAGCUCAACAACUAUCAUCGUCACAGUCCCUCCAAGAAUCAACAGUUCAGAGCUAGUCACAAGUCCAGGAAACUGCCUGGACCUCACACAGAGUCUAGUGAACACACAACCUGUUGGU